GGUGACAGACACAUGUCGGGCUUUUGUACUAAUUUAAAAAAAUGGUGCACUUACCAGCGUCGCUUGCAUACGAAUGGGUUGUCUUCAGUCAGCGUCAUUGCUCGUCGCGCUCUGCAAUUGAGGAGAUUGCAUUAGGAAAUUUGCCGGAAAUUAAAAUACACUUGUGAGUGAAAAAUAAAUAGUCCAACGAAAUGUGUUUACCCGAGUUGGGGUCACUACUAGCAAGUAGUGGCGGUUGGACGGUGAAGUGUGGCGCAAAGUGGAGAGACAAAGUUAAAGUGGAAAAAGCGCUGAACUCGCAUUUAUUAACAGCUGUUGGGUUUGGCCCCUUCCAUCAAAUUCGUUGUCAGCUUUCGGCGCUUGUUUGUACAGUGUGCGUCAGCAAUCGUUCUGUUCAGUGUUUGGCUUUCUCUGCCAUGGUGAAUGAUACUGUCGACAUUGCUGCACAUAUUUUAGAUUUUAAUUUGGACGCUUCAACGUCACUGCCGCAAUCGCAAAAUCAAACUUUGCCGCAUUCUUCUAGUAGCAAUACAUUGAAAUUAGCCACUACGAAAAAGCAACAACAAAAAGUGCGCGAUCAGUUGGCUAAGCAAGAACAGCAGCAAGUUCAGCAAAACGCUGGCAAUUCGCAUAUUUUGCCGAAUAGCGCUGAGAAUUUGAGUUGGACAUUCUUCGAGCAUGUCUCCACGUUGGACAAACAGCUGCGCGGCGAUGAAGAGCUGAGCUCCACAGACACAAAUGGUUGCCACUUAAUGUCUACCUCACCCAUGCAAGCAUAUGCAAUACAAGAGAAUGUUGAUGCGAGACUGUUGCUAAACAACGCGGGGCCAACACAAGAGACAAUCUUACGCAAACAGAAUGGCUAUGCGCCACUAAGCACAGCAAUAACAACAACCGUCAACCAUUGUGCUAAAGUAUGUGAUCCUAUUCAUUCGCAGCAAACAACAGAUUUAAUACAACAACAACACCAACAACAAAACGGCACAGCUGCAACAGAAUUGCAAUUGGAAAGUGCGACAACUUUUCAAUUCACCUCGCCAACUGCGACGUUUAAGCGCAAAAAGCAGCAACAGCAACUACAAAAACAACAGCAACAACAAUUCGAACACCAUCAAUACCACAACAACAAUAACAAUAACUGUGUCAGCAAUCAAACAGUGACAGCAACGGUAAUUAAUAAUUCACUGGCAAUCGAAGAGUCACAGUCGAAAUCAAAGUCACCCAGUCGCGCUAGUGUUGAGAGUGGCAGCAAUGUGCAACAACAUGCCACAACAACAGCAACCACGUCGAUUAUAUUGAAUGGCAUAGGUGUGGCAGCAAUAACAAAAGCGACCAAAGCAAUAACGGUUGACGAUAUUUUGACAAUUGGUGGUGGUGGUGCUGCUGGAUACAUUGGCAGCAGUGCGAAAACAACAGCAACAACAACAAACAUACGUACACCGCGCACCAAUCGCACCUUGCCACGCAUCGCAACAACCACAACAACACCACGCGCUGCAUAUGCAGCUGACAAGCUCGAUCUAGUGGUGGGCAACCACUCGCACAACAAACGGCAACGUGCCACAGCCAAGGUGAAACAGGCUGCACAACAACAACAACGCCAACUAGCGUUGCAACAACACGCGCUGCCAAAGAGUAUGACCGCAGGUGCUGCCGGCGGCGGUAGUAGCAGUGCGACUGGCAGUGGCAAUAGCAGUAAUCACAGCAACAGUAACAACAACAAUAAUAACAACAGCAAUACACUACACAAAGCGAACAGCAUACUCAUGGACAGUUUGGGUGCACAUUUGGAGUUGGUGGGUUGGCGCAAGAAAUGCCUCUACGGCCUGCUGGUGCUGCUAAUGCUGCUCAUCAUCACAAAUCUGGUGUUGACAUUGUGGAUACUGAAAGUGAUGGAAUUCACGACGGACGGCAUGGGUCAGCUGAAGAUAGUGCCAGGCGGUAUACAGCUCACCGGACAGGCGCUCAUAAUGGAUAUGCUGCGCGCAUCGACAAUACGCUCAAGGCAUGGCCAGCCGAUAGCGAUAGAAUCAUCACGUAAUUUUUCAAUCAAUACACGUGACGCGAAUGGCAUGCUGGAGAAUCAUUUAUUCCUUGGGCACGAUAAGCUCGAAUGCUUGGCGAAGGAAAUUCGCAUCAAUGACACCAACGGACGAAAUUUAUUUUCUGUAAAUCAAAAUGAAGUCACAAUCGGUGCACACGCGUUGCGUAUUGACGGCGAAGGUGGCGCCAUAUUUCGGGAGUCCAUACAAACGCCGCAUGUACGCGCCGAACCCGGACGUGAACUGAGACUGGAAUCGCCAACGCGACAGCUUGAACUGACAGCUGCGAAGGAUAUAAACUUGCAAUCGCGCGCUGGUGCAAUAGAAGUGGCUGCUCUGAAAGAUGUAAGGCUGAGUGCGCUGGACGGAAGUGUAAGUGCUGCGCCUGGAAUCUGCGAAAAUCCUUAUGCCAAAUCUGCGUACGGCGCAGCCACCGCCACUCGGAGCGCCACAGAGUCGCGACCAUUUGCAUCGUGUCUUCCAGCUGUGCGCCUGCUCGAACGGCAAACUAUUCCUGGCCGCGCCGCAUUCGAUAUGCGCCGGCGAUGACAGCACUGUUUGUAGAUGAUUACCAGAACGGAGACAAUAAACCAAGUAGAAGCAACGCUGAGAGCACGUGGAAGAGGGAUAGGGAGAAAGUAAAAGAAAGUAGUUAAAUAUUAUAUUUGAAUGUAGUAUAAUAUAUAGAUGUAUGUGUAGGUAAGUAAGUCGGUAUAAAAAUAGGCAUAAAAUCAAGCAGGGGUUAAUGUAGAAUUCAUAUCAAUGUAACUGUUAUAUAACACAUAUGUAAAUUAUUAGCCACACGUACAGUGGUGGGCAGUUAAUUGGAGAAAUUGGAUGAUUUUAAUAGUUUUUGGUCAUUAAUUGGUGCUUUAAGUAUAACUACUUUAAAUAUUACAACAGUUUUCUAUAUAGACCUCUUUCAAAACCCAACUCCAGAGAUUCAAAUGCAUUUCUGGCAAGAAGAUCCUUAUAAAAGAAGCCUCAAUUGGUGGGCAGUAAUCAAUGUGCUAAGCAAUUUUAUCAAAUAUUUAUUCAGUUUUGUUAACUUAGCUGUUCGAAUCGACUGCCCACCCUAGCAAAGACUAUAUCUAAAUAUCAAAUAUAUAUAUAUUAUAGAAAUAUAUAUAUACAAUAGAAAUAUAUGCUGUAACAUUAAAUAUACAGGUAACUAAGAUUUGUUAGCUGAACGCUGUAUUGUAUGUAUGUAUGAGUAAAUAGGCUUUAAUAAAAUAUUAGUUAAAUAGAAAAAAAAUAAUAUGCAAUUAGAAAAAAAAAAGAAAAAUAUUUAUUCGGAAAAAACCAUGUGAAAUAAUUGGUGAAAAACCACCGAGUUAAUUAUAUUAUUAAUCAAAACAAUAAUUACAGAGAACUAACGCGUGCAUAGAAUAUACUGAGUAUAGAUAUAAAAUACAUAAAUAAAUAUAUAAUAUACUUAAAUAUAUAUAGUAUGUAGAAUGAAUGUUUGUAUGUAGGACGGUAUGUCUGUUAAGCAAGCUUGACAGAUUUGAAUUUAUUGAAAUGUUAUUGUAAAUAAGUAAGCGAAUCAUUUAUAUACUAUAAUAUAUGGGUAUGUAGUACUUGGUAUCGCA